CCGUUGUCUACUGCUGUCCUUUUGAUAACUUCUUGUUCUUGUGCUGUUACAAAUAAUGAUGCAGUCAAGAUCCUCAUUAUGAUUCUUCUGCAAUUUUUGUCAGCGUAGUUUAUGGAUGAAAGCUGAAACUUGGGAUUGAUAAUCACAGGGAAGAUGCAUGUGGACUUUGCACAGUAUUGCUGGCUUCUCCUCCGCGGGGUUGGACUGUGUUUCCCUGCUCCCCAGCCGUGCAGGGGAGGACCUGCGGCCCCCACCCCCUCCAGCUGACUCUCAGCACAGUCUGCAGUUCUGCCAGACCUGGAGGGGACAAACAGCUUCUCACCUCAGAAACAGAGGGUCUUGCAGGAACCUGCACCCAGAUUCUCUUGAACCAGCAUGGACGACCCCCAGGACAACACUGCGGAUCAUUCUGCUGGGAAAAACAGGAACUGGGAAAAGUGCGACAGCAAACACCAUUCUUGGGAAAAGAGCAUUGGAUUGUAGAAUUGGUCGUAAGCCUGUUAACAAGAGCUGUCAGAAAGCAUCUCGGGACUGGAAGGGGAGGAAGCUUGUUGUUGUGGACACCCCAGGGCUCUUGAACACCAAGGAGACAUCGAGGACCACCUGUGAGGAAAUCAGGAGGUAUCUCUCGUACAGCAGCCCCCGGCCUCACGCCAUCAUCCUGGUUGUACAGCUGGGCCGCUUCACGCAGGAGGAGCAGAAUACAGUUGAAUUGAUCAAGGACAUCUUUGGGGAGCACGUCAUGAAACACAUGAUCGUCUUGUUCACUCGAAAAGAGGACUUGUGUGGUCAGAUGCUGAGUUACUUUAUAGCAAGGACAGACAAGCGCCUGAAAGCCAUCAUCAAGGAGUGUGGGUUACGCUGCUGUGCCUUCAACAACAGAACGGCAGAUGAGGCUGAGAAGGAAUCCCAAGUGCAGGAGCUGGUGGAGCUGAUCGACAUAAUGGUGCAGGAGAACGGAGGGGCUUACUCUUUGGAUGUCAUCUACAAGGAGGAACUUCCGGAAAAGGAAGACUGUGUUAUCCUUUAGAAAGGAAAAAACUGGUAGAAGAGCGUAUGCUUAGCAAAAAAUGUGAAAACAACAUAUGGGGAAAAAGUAAAAUCCCUAAAGGAAAAAUAUGAUAAGUUGAAAAUACAGACACAGAAGCCAAAAGAAACAUAUUUGCAGAUGUUUUCAAUGACCUUUGGAGUGUGCUUUCAAAUAUAUGGCAUAGGUUGUGGAAAUCAUGCAAAUUUUAUUUUUUUCUUCUAAAUUGACUAAUAUUCGUCAGCAUGGCAGAAAGUAUGUUCCAAAGAUGGCUGUAGCGAUUUUUUCUGUCCCACCUGUUUUUCUUGUACUCUGAGCUGUUGCUCCUUCUGUUGGGUUAUGAGGACUCUACCCCCUCCUUGAAAUUCCAUGGACUCUGUGACUGCUUUGAUGAGUAGUGGCUGGUCUGAUUUCUGAAGUUAGACAGGGACAGUGUCACCUUGCUCUCUGCGGUAGGCGCACUUGGAACAUGGCUCCCGUGCUGUGAGAAGCCCAUGUUGCCCAUUGAGAGGCCCCAGGAAGAGGAAUGGAAUCCUGGCCCCGUCCCCUGCCUGCUCUUCCAUCUGCCAGUGAGACCACCUGCCAGCUGUGCAAGUGUGGGCACAGGGCGGUGGGCUCUCCAGCUGCCAGCAGAGCCGCCUCAAGGGAAGCUGCAGAGAGCAAAGCUGGGCCAUCCCUACCACGUCCCGCCCAGUUUCAUGAGAAAACUGGGUUUUUCAUGAGUAGAUUCAUGAGAAAAAUAAAUGAUGCUGUUUCAAACCACUAAGCUUUGGGCUGGUCUGUUGUGCAGCGACAGCUCCCCAGAGCAUCCUCCCAGCUCGUUCCCCCACCCCCAGAGUGCCAACGCAGGUAAGGAGUGACUGAAUGGGCACAGUCAGGCCAGAACACACUGUGUA